GGCAGCCAGUGUAUGUCAAGACGCGGAAGAGAGAGGAUGUACCGCGCCAUUGCUCCGUGUUGAUCAGUGAAUUGUGUGCCAUUUAAACCCUUAAGGAAAAACAAGAGAAGGAUUGCAUUUUUCCGAGUGGCGCUUCAUUAGGCAACCCCGCCAUGACGAGCACGGUGAAUGAGCUGCAGGAUAAGCUGAAAACCGCCUUAUUUGUCAGCAUGAGGAGGAAAAGAGAAAAGAUGGAAACUUGCUCGCUGGAAAGGAAGACGGACAGAAAGAAAACGGAGGAAAACUACUUCACUCUCAGGAGGCAGCGAUGGGGUUCUGAUCCGAGGCUCCAGACGUGUCGAGGCAAGCUUCAGAACCGUCGCUCCAAGCUGAAUCAGGAGAUCAACAAAGAACUCAUGCUUAGAACCGGCGCUGAAAACCUUUAUAACGCCACACACAACAAGAGGAUGAAGGAACAGGUGUCUUUGGAACUACAGUUUGUCAAUAGCAACUUGCAGCUCCUCAAGGAACAGCUGGCAGAGUUAAACAGCUCUGUCGAAGUGUACCAAGGCAAGGGGUCUAAAGGCAGCAUCCCGAUGAUUCCCUUAGGCCUAAAAGAAACUAAGGAAAUCAACUUCAGGGAGCCGUUCAAGGACUUUAUCUUGGAGCACUACAGCGAGGAUCCUGACAAAUACGACGAGGCGAUCACGGAAUUCAUGGAACUGCGACAGGCAAUGAGGACGCCAGAGAGGGAUGAGUCAGGUGUAGCCCUUCUGCUGGAGUACUUCAACCAAUUGUACUUCAUUGAUCGCAGGUUCUUCCCCCCCGACAGGUCACUUGGGAUCUAUUUUGAGUGGUACGACUCACUGACAGGCACGCCAAGUUGUCAGCGCACAGUAGCAUUUGAGAAGGCCUGCUUACUGUUCAACCUCGGGGCCCUGUACACGCAGCUGGGGGCUAGACACGACCGCACCUCAGCCGCAGGACUCGACGCAGCUGCCAACAACUUCCUGAGGGCGGCCGGGAUGUUUCGCUACCUCCAUGACACUUUCACUAACGCCCCUUCCAAGGAUCUCGGCCCAGAAAUCCUUGAUAUGCUGAUUCAUCUCAUGCUAGCUCAGGCGAGGGAGUGUCUGCAUGAGAAGGCGUUCUUGGGGCACAGUGAGGACCUGGAAACUGUGGUGGAGCUGGCACAGGAGGCUGCACAGGUGGCUGAAGAGUACUCACAGGUGUUCAAGACAAUAUCGGAAGCGCAGGUGAAAGAUUUUGUACCAGCGUCUUGGGUGAGCAUGGUGCGGAUAAAGGUGGAAUACUACCGGGGCUGUUCCCACUACCACAUGGCUGAGUCCCUCCUCACACUUCCUGUCGGGGAGAAGGACGAGGAGCAGCUGAGUCAGAGGGUGCGGGAGGCCCUUCAGUAUGUCCACCUCCCUGCCACCAACACCACCACUCUGGAGAUCACUGUGCCGGGGAAUUAUCAAGAGAGGGUCGUCCUGGGUCUGGCUCAUUGCCGUGAGUCGGUGUUACUUCACGAGGAGGCCCUGAGGCAGCAGAGGAUGUGUCGAGACUUGAAGAGGAAGUCCGUACUGGCUGAUGUGCUGAGGUUUGGACACGAGUCAGCUGUCCACCUCCUCGACCUCUAUGAAGAUGAGGAGGACUCACACGUUCUCGACCCCCCGCCUGUUGCUCCGGCCACCAAGUUCCAGCUCUCCCUCAGCUCCCCGGACUUCUCUCAGCACCGCGUGGAGGACAUCUUCAGGCUGCUGGGACCCGUGGCAGUCUUCUCCGCCAAGCACCAGUGGUCUGCACCCCGCCCCAUCACCCUCAACAGGACCCCCACUCAAGGAUUUGGAUUCUCUGUGAGGGGGGACGCACCUGUUGUCAUUGCUGGGGUGGACCGGAAUAGCCUGGCAGAGAGAGCUGGCAUGAGUGAGGGGGACCUGGUGGUGUGUAUUGGAAGUCGGGACGUGAAGUGGUUGCCUCAUGAUGAAGUGGUGGAACUCAUCAGGGAGGCUGGCAACUCUCUCUCCCUCACGCUGGUCACCCCGUGCGACAAGACGUAUUAUAAGUUGCCCAAGAGUAAGAGCCUGAAGGACAUCUCACCUCACUCCACCACCAGCAGCAGCAGUGGGGUGAGCAGCAGCAGCAGCAGCAACAGUAGCAACAGCAGCACUAGUGGCAGUCAUUAUGGGUCCGUCAGUGGGUCAACUCUCUCGGCAAAGGACAAACACAACAGCUGGAAUCCCUUUAAGAGAACGACGUCCCGCGAUAAAUAUAAAUCGGAUUCAAUGUUGGAUAAUGUCAUCUUGAGGUAGGGAGAGAAAGAGAGAAGGGGGGGAGGGAGAGAGGGAGGAGAAGAGUAACAGGGAGAUGAAGAGAAGGGGUUGUAUGUGAUGGAGA